CACAACCUAUCGCAAUUUCUCUAAUGGCGGUGAUAAAGAAGCCAGUCAAGAAGAUGGCAAAGAAGCAGAGUAUCACUACUGGCCUUACUUUAGAAAGCUCGCAUGGAGUUUCUUGGGUCAGACUGUUCUUACUUGGAAAAGGCGGAUUCGGUUCUGUUUUUUACGCAGAAAGAAAAGAACCCUUGAAGCAAGAUUCUGAUCUUCCCUUUCAAAUGGCGGUGAAAUCAGCAAAAAUGGAUCGCUCAUCUUCACUUCAGUACGAGAAACAAGUUUUUUCUGAUCUCGGUACAAGCCCUUACGUGGUUCGUUGCUAUGGGGAUGAAGUAACUGAGAUAAGCAACGGUGAGAAGAUAUACAACUUGCUUUUGGAGUUCUGUUCUGGUCUUAGUUUAAGCGAGCAUAUUAGAUUAUCUGGCGGUGGAUUGCCUGAGAUUGUAGUUCAGAAUUACACGCGGGACAUUCUUCGUGGUUUGAAUUACAUUCAUAGUCACGGUUAUGUUCAUUGUGAUAUCAAGCCAGGUAAUAUCUUACUUGUGCCUGGUAGUGGCGAAAUGGGUGGGAACUAUAUGGCGAAAAUUGCUGAUUUUGGGUUGGCGAUGGCAGUGCAAGGAAAGGAAACAGAGUGUUCCGGUUUGAGAGGAACAAGCAUGUAUAUGUCGCCGGAAUUGGUCAAGGAUAGAAAACUGGACUAUUCUGCAGAUAUAUGGGCACUUGGUUGUGUUGUGUUGGAGAUGCUAACAGCAAAACCAGUCUGGGAUUAUUCUGAUACAGCUCAUAUGCUUUUUGUGAUUGGUUAUACUGAUCGAGUGCCUGCGAUACCUGACCAUGUCUCAGAGGAAGCGACGGAUUUCUUGAGUUGGUGCUUCGACAGAAGAGUUGGUCAGAGAUUGUCUGCUGAUAGGUUAUUAGAACACCCCUUUGUUUCCAUGGAUGAUUGGUGAAGAAAGGAACUAUACUAAACACUAUUUUUGGUUUCUCAUUUUUGUCAUAUUUGGUGAUUUGCUUCACUUCUUAUACAGUGAAAGCUUCCAAUUUUGUAUCUUUUUAAUACAAUGUGGGUGAGUUUAUGAGAUUCAGUCUGUUCUUCCUCAGGCUUAGUAGCAGUUGGCUUUUAUGUAGAGCAAUUAAACGACAAGAGACAUAAACAGUCUUCAAGGCUGAUGACUUGUCGUAUCAUGUCACCAGAGAAGGAUAGCAUUUUUGUUUUGAAUGAGCUAGAAAGAGAACACAUAGUUUGAGGCCAAUUUGUCACAGUGGAUCAUCAGAGGGAAGAAAUUUAUGUUUGAUCAGUGUGUUUCAUGUGUAGCAAACAGAUACUGAAAGUUAAUAGCAUUGCAAUCUCUAUGUAGAACUGCCAAAAGUAUAUAAUAGUAAUAUUUUCUGUAUACUUAGAAGUUGAUUUCAAAAUUAAAGUUUAGAAAAUGAGAAUCACAUUUACAGUCAUUUACUUCUGCCAUACUUUUAUAUAUCUAAUGUAUUCUGUAAGAUAAUUAGAUUCUUCUUUCUUCCUUUGUUUCAUAUCCCUUGUUAUUCUAAACUCAUCUCAAGUAUUACAGCAAUGGAAUUUG